AUGCCGACCAACUUCCACGCCCUCGUCUUCGGAGCAUCUGGUAUAUCAGGGUGGCCGCUGGUGAAAGAGGCCCUGAGCUACCCUUCUCCCACCACUUUCAGUCAGGUUACAGCCUUGUCCAAUCGUCCCUUGUCAAUUUCAGAAGCUCAGUGGCCCGAUGACCCAAGACUUCAGCUGGCCAGCGGCAUUGAUCUCACGGCAACGGUCGACACUGUUGUUGAGGCGCUGAAGGAAAAGGUCCCCAACGUCGCAACUGUCACCCAUGUCUUCUUGUUUGCCUACAUUGACCCAGGAAAGGACCAAAAGACGCUUAAAGAGGUCAAUACCAACCUUGUCAGAACCGCUGUUGAGGCGAUCCAAAUUGUCUCGCCAAACAUCAAGAGCUUCGUCCUACAAACGGGUGGAAAAGCGUAUGGAAUGGAACGCCCUGAUGUCGUCAAAAUCGUGCCUCCACUUAAGGAAACCUACCCUCGUGUUCCCAAGCCGAUUGCGGACGAUAUCUUCUACUACUCACAAUAUGACGUUCUUGAUUCUCUGUCUAAGGGGGCCUCGUGGACUUUCACUGAAGUCAGGCCAGACGCCAUGAUUGGGUUUGUGCCAGGGACCAACGUCAUGAAUCUAGCACAGGGCCUGGCGUUCUACCUCAGCCUCUAUCGCGAAGUCCACGGGGCCGGAGCCAAGGUCCCAUAUCCUGGCGCUGAGCAUGGCUAUCGUCACAAACACACUGACACCUUUCAAGACAUUGCAGCCAAGAUGGAAAUCUACGCGGCAUUGAACCCAGAGAAGUGCGGGUCUGGAAAGGCUUUCAAUGUGGCAAAUGGUGACGUGGUGACUUGGGCCGACAAGUGGCCUGGGAUUUGCGCUUACUUUGGCCUUGAAGGGAUUGGUCCUCAGGGCACUUUCGAACCACCAGCGGAAUUUGUGACGAAGCACUCUGAAGUCUGGUCCAAAAUGGUCGAAAGGGAAGGCCUCAAAGCAAGCCGGUUGGACUUGUAUUACUGGCCUUUCAUGGACUUUUUGAUGGACAAGGCGUUCUUUGAUCGCCAAUACGACCUGAGUGCCGCCCGGGACGUCGGGUUUGAGGAGACCAUUGAUACUGUCAGAUCCUAUACAAUCUCGUUCGACAGAAUGAAAGCCGCAAAGAUCAUCCCAUAG